AUGGCCUACACAUACACCCACUCCACCUUGCGUCUUAACACUCCGCAAACCCCAUCGCCGUCCCUUUCAAACCCAAACUCACAUCCAUCUUCCACUCGAUUCUCUUUCAAACCCCUCAGAUUCAAAGGACUCAGCAUCAAAUCCAACAAGAGAUUCAUUUCCGAGGCUGUGAAAUCUUCAAUGGCGGUUGAAGUUGAGGUAUUCGAGAAAGAGGCACUAGCUGUUUCUCUGGCUAAAUACGUCGCUGAUCUAUCCAAUAAGUUUACUCAACAAAGAGGGGCUUUCACUGUUUGCUUGUCUGGUGGUUCUUUGAUCAAUUAUCUUCAGAAAUUGUUGGAGGCUCCUUAUGUUGAUUCUAUUGAAUGGGGUAAAUGGCAUGUGUUUUGGGUGGAUGAGAGAGUUGUACCUAAGGAUCAUGAAGAUAGUAACUAUAAGCUUGCUUUUGAUGGCUUUCUCUCCAAGGUGCCCAUUCCAUCCGGCAAUGUUUAUGCAAUCAAUGAUGCCCUUUCAGCUGAAGGAGCAGCUGACGAUUACGAGACAUGUGUCAAACACUUGGUCAAUAGCAAUGUGAUAACGUCAUCAUCAAUCAGUGGAUUUCCAAAGUUUGAUCUCAUGUUGCUUGGCAUGGGCCCUGAUGGGCACGUAGCUUCUUUGUUUCCAGGGCACCCUCUUGUGCAGGAGAAUAAGAAAUGGGUUACCUCUAUUACCGACUCCCCAAAACCACCACCAGAGAGAAUAACAUUUACCUUUCCUGUGAUCAACGCCUCUGCAUACAUUGCGCUUGUGGUGACUGGUAGCGGUAAAGCAGAUGCAGUUCACUCUGCGCUGCGUGGAUCUGAAACAGCCGAUAAGCUUCCUGCUGCAUUGGUUUCACCUGAAGGGGAGUUGAAAUGGUUCUUAGACAAAGGUGCAGCAUCAAAGCUGUAG